CAUUCCGAGUUUCAGGGAGCAACAAUUAUGCUCAAGUCUCUCUCUGGUUUUCCUCUGCAGACAGCGUGGAAGAUGAACUGGAGAUGGCCACUGUCAGGCAUCGGCCUGAAGCCCUGGAGCUGCUGGAGGCCCAGAGCAAAUUCACCAAGAAAGAGCUUCAGAUCCUUUACAGAGGAUUCAAGAAUGAAUGCCCCAGUGGUGUUGUUAAUGAAGAAACCUUCAAGGAGAUUUACUCGCAGUUCUUCCCACAGGGAGACUCCACCACAUACGCACAUUUUCUCUUCAAUGCAUUCGACACGGACCACAAUGGAGCUGUGAGCUUUGAGGAUUUCAUCAAAGGUCUUUCCAUUUUGCUUCGAGGGACAGUACAAGAAAAACUGAACUGGGCAUUUAAUUUGUAUGACAUAAACAAAGAUGGCUACAUCACUAAAGAGGAAAUGCUGGACAUAAUGAAAGCAAUCUACGACAUGAUGGGGAAAUGCACAUACCCUGUCCUCAAGGAAGAUGCUCCCCGACAGCAUGUGGAGACAUUUUUCCAGAAGAUGGACAAGAAUAAAGAUGGUGUCGUUACCAUAGACGAGUUCAUUGAAAGUUGCCAAAAAGAUGAAAACAUAAUGCGCUCCAUGCAGCUCUUCGAAAAUGUGAUCUAGACUGUCGGCGCCUUGACCGGAGGCAAAUGUGGACGACUACACACGAGUUGAAGCCACCAUUUCUAGCAUAGAUUGCCCCGCUUUACACUGAGGCAUAUUAUGCAAACAGCUUUGUUUUAAUAUAAAGACCCCGCCCCCAAAUUUAAGUUUUCCAGUUACAAAUCCGCAUCCAUGUCACUGGGGUCCCGAAAUGUGCUCACUUAUUUCAUACUCUGAGAACACUCAAAAGGCACAGAAUCUGGAAAGCUCUGAUCCUCAGCCACGUGUCAUGGGGGCUUUUACAGACCAGUGAUUUUAAAACACCAGUGGGUUUUCCUACUUGUUUGUAUUCAGCCCUGGAUUUUAAGUGGUUUUCUAAAAUAUUUACAUCUGCAUUUAACUUCCAGAAAGCCAAUGAACUUUUCAUUUAACUCGAUUCAUGUAAUACUGAAAAAAGGAACAAAGAUUAUUACAAUUAAAAAUGACCAAAAACACAGUCCCGAUUUCUAUAGCUUCUCCACCUGCUGUUAAAGACAGUCAUGUAUUUGGCAUUUUUUUUUUAAAAAGAACACUUAAAAAAUUAGUUUAUUAUCAGAUGUUAGCAUAUACCUAAUAAAAUUAUUUUAGUAUUUGUUAAUUUUCCAUAUUCAAGCCAAGGCUCUAUAUAAUCCAUGUAACUUUGGACCUGUUCAAUCUUACAUGUAGACUGUUUUGUAUUGUGUUCUGAAGUAGAAGUUCAAAGUGUCAAACAAACCAAGGAUGUUUACAGACUUGCAAAGGGUCCAGAUGUCUGUCCUGCAAUGCCUAGUGACGCUUAUUAACCAGUAACCCGAAGAGCAGUAACUGGUAAUUCUAGCCACCACCCCUCCCCAAGCCCCUUCACGUUCUCACAGCAUGUUUAUCACACACAAGCCAUUCAGGGACAGAGAAUCCUUGACUGCCCCAAAGCCUACUAGGAAUAAAGAUCAAGCAAAAUCUUCUUUGAAAACACCAGUGAUUCUAUCAUAUUGGAAAUAUACAUAAGAGUGUAUAGAAAACGAAUGUAAACAUUGGACAGUUCAUCCGAAUUGCAUUAUGAUUUAGCACAUCAUGUAGUUCAAAGGAUUCACAUUCCUUUCCGUGAUCUUAAGCCAAAACUGUAGAAUUGCCACAACAGUACUAGAUAUACACAUCUUCCCUGUUUCGUAGAAAUCCAAGAACCAAGAGGAUACGGGAGGAGAAAAUUUGCGACUGUCUGCAACAAUAAAUCAGGUAUCUAUUCUGGUGUAGAGAUAGGAUGUUGAGAGCCGCCCUGCUAUCACCAGUGUAGGAAUUAAGAGUAGUACAGUACAUGUACAGAAAUCUGCCAUCGCGUGUUUGUGUAAACUCAAUGUGCACAUUUUGUAUCUCAAAAAGGAAAAAUAAAAGCAAAAUAAAGUGUUUAUUACUCUA